AUGGCAGACACCAGAUUUUGGAGUAAGGAGAUUUUAACUCAGUUUUUAGAAAUAUAUAGAAAACAUCCAGCGCUCUGGAUGGUAAAAAGCAAAGAUUAUACCAAUAAAAAUUUGAAAGACAAAGGUCAUCGUGAAUUAAUCGAGUUGUGUAAGCAAGUUAUAGAAAACCCUGAUAAGAACUUUUUUUGUAAAAAAAAUCAGUCUAUACGAAGCUGCUUUAGAAAAGAAUUAAAAAAGGUGGAACAAUCCAAAAGGAGUGGCGCUUCUGAAAAUGAUGUUUAUACACCAUCCCUUUGGUAUUUUGAUCUCCUGCUAUUCACACGAGACAGUGAGACGUGUUCUGAUAGUAUCUCAAAUGUGGAUCAUGAAGAAAACUCUGAUACUGUUCUAGACAUACGAAAUGAAAAAGAGACAGAAAUGCAAAACGAGACAGGAGAGGAAAAUUCCGACAUAGAAGAAGAGACUCCCGAUCCCAAAAAUGGGACUGUCAACAGCAGAUUCAUAACAAAUUCACGGUCAAAAAAAUUUAAAAGUUUAAAAGACGAUAAAUCGGCAUUUAUGAGAACAUGCGUCGAAAACUUAAACAAAAAAGAAGAUGAGCAUCAACUAUUUGGUAGUCAUGUAGCAGCAAAAUUGAAAAAAAUGAACGAAACACAACAGAUAUAUGCAGAAAAUUUAAUAAACCAGAUACUAUUGAACCGAUUGAAUGACAAUAUUAUUAUUAGCGAAAGUCUUGGCGAAAAUAGUGUUCCACCAUACAUGCGACAAGUUAACAUUCCUAUGGCAUCUAGUUCUGCAAGUAGUGUAUUUACUCCAGAACCAUCACCAGACCUGCCGACAGGUGCCGGAAUAUAUUUUCAUAACUUUACGUAA